UUCUAUCUAGCUCAUAAGACAUAGCUUAAUUCCUAGAGCAUAAUAAUCUGAGCUCACAAAAAUGGCGAACUUUUUUCUCUCCUCGAAGGCCUUCCUUUUCCUGAUUCUUUUCAUUUUUGCCUCCCAUGUCACUGCUCAAUCACAAGCUAGUGCAGACACAGACUUCUCAUGCUCCAAAGACUCGACUGUUUCCUGUGGAACAUAUGUCACAUAUCGUGCCCGGGGACCUAAGUAUUCUGAUCUGGGACAUAUAUCUGAUCUGUUUGGUGUCAGUCCUUCGACAAUUGCUCGUGCAAGUAACCUGGUCUCCGACAAAGCAGAGCUUGUCCCGGAUCAGCUCUUACUGGUACCUGUCACCUGUACUUGCAAUGGAACACACUAUUUCGCCAACGUCACUUAUCAGAUUGAGGAAGGUGAUAGCCUUUACUAUGUUUCAAUCAAACCUUUUCAGAACCUCACCAACUAUCUUGCAGUGGAAGACUUGAACCCUGGUUUGAUUCCGAACAAUUUGACAGUUCAUGCAGAAGUGGUCUUCCCUUUGCUCUGUAAGUGUCCAACAAAGGCUCAAAUGGAGAAGGGCAUUAAUUAUCUCAUCACCUAUGUAUGGCAACCUCACGACGAUGUCUUGCCUGUAAGUACUACAUUUAACUCAUCAGUGCCUGAUAUUUUAACUGAAAAUAACUACCGGAACUUCACUGCUGCUGUGUAUCUUCCAGUUUUGAUACCGGUGUCACAGUUGCCAAUUCUUUCUCAACCUUCCCCUUCUCAUGCUGAGAGUAAAAAGUCCAAACAUCGGUUGAUCCUCAUCAUUAUUUUAGCAACAAGUGCAGCUCUUUUAAUCUUCCUUUUAGCAAGCUUGCUUGCUUAUAUUCAUCUUUUAUCUAGGAAGAAGAAGACUCUGAAUCGUAAUAGUUCUUCAUUGGAGACUGCUGAUCUCAUACAAGUGAAACCAGCUUCAAAAGUUGAAAAUUUUGAGCCUAAGAUCAUUCAGGAUAAGCUACUUCCUGGUGUUUCAGGCUAUCUAGGCAAACCCAUCAUGUAUGACAUAAAGGUGAUCAUGGAGGCAACUAUGAAUCUCAGUCAACGGUACAGGAUUGGAGGAUCAGUUUACAGGGCCAUGAUUGAUGGUCAGGUCUUCGCUGUCAAGAGGACGAAAGAAGCCAGAGAAGAAUUGAAGAUAUUACAAAAAGUAAAUCACGCGAAUCUGGUGAGGUUAAUGGGGGUCUCAUCAGACAAGGAUGGGAAUUGUUACUUGGUUUAUGAAUAUGCUGAAAAUGGAUCAUUGGAUAAGUGGUUGCAUCCGAAGUCUCCAUCUUCUCCAUCUUGUUCAGGCUCUGUCGCAUUCCUCACAUGGACUCAGAGGUUAAAUGUUGCACUUGAUGUAGCCAAUGGCCUGCAAUACAUGCAUGAACAUACUCAACCGACCAUUGUUCACAGGGAUGUGAGAACAAGUAACAUACUUCUCAACGCGAGGUUUAAGGCCAAGAUUGCAAAUUUAUCCACAGCUGUUCCUGCAACAAGCUCUAUAACAUCAAAAGUUGAUGUUUUUUCAUUUGGUAUUAUUCUCUUGGAAUUGCUUUCAGGAAAGAAAGCCAUGGAAAUAAAAGAGAAUGGUGAGAUUGUGAUGUUAUGGAAGGAAAUAGCGUGGAUCUUAGAAGUUGAAGAGAAGAAAGAGGAAAGGUUAAGGAGGUGGAUGGAUCCAAACUUGGAGAACUUUUACCCCAUUGAUGGCGCUCUGACCUUGGCAACCCUAGCAGGGGCUUGCACAUCAGAGAAGUCUUCAGCAAGACCAAAAAUGGCAGAAAUCGUUUUCAACCUCUCCAUUCUCACUCACUCAUCUUCAGAGAUGUAUGAAAAGUCUUGGACGUCGGCACCAGAAACAGAAGAAACUUUUCAUAUCAUCAGUCCAGUCAUAGCUCGAUGAUUUAUUCCCACUAUAUACAUUUCCUGUUGUUUAUGCUUCAUGUAAAUGUG